AUGGAUCGGCGGCAGUCAGUCCAUUUGGUGAUACAUGCCCUGUUCCUGCUAGUGACGCCCUUUGUGCAUGCAGCUCCCGAGAAAGACCGGGUUCAUCAUCUUCCUGGCUUAGAGGGUACGCUCUUGUCAGCAACUUAUUCAGGCUACGUUUCAGUUGGUGAUUCGGAUGGUCGCAAAAUGUACGAGCAUUACUUGUUCUUUGAAAGUGAAGGAGAUCCCAAGAAAGAUCCGCUCAUCAUGUGGACCAAUGGAGGGCCGGGCGCGUCGUCUCUCAUUGGUUCAUUCACGGAGCUGGGCCCAUACUACUUGUCGGCAACUUCCCUUUCCACGGAGGACUACAGAAAAACUGGCAUUCCAAGUUUGUUCUACAGCCCAUACCGAUGGACAAAGCUUGGAUCAUUGAUUAUUCGAAACCUGCCACCACCGGUGGGGUUCUCCUAUUGUGACCCAAUUGGCCCUUCUGGCGACGGACGCAGUUGUGGUUCUUGGAACGACACCAAAACAGCAAAGCACAGUCGGAUUUUCAUGGAGAAUUGGAUGGCUGCCUUCCCAGAGUAUGGUUCUCAUGACCUCUUUCUAGUAGGAGAGUCAUAUGCAGGCGUUUAUGUGCCAAUGCUGGCAAGGGAAAUUCUCCAGCAGACAACUCAUCCAGGUUUGAGAAAGCAGCUUAAGGGCAUUGCAGUGGGUGAUGGAUGCAACUGUGGUGUCUCCACUUCUGGUGGUGGCUGCAUAGAGACUGGUGGCCCUUUCUUCACAGUGGAGUUCUUCCAUGGUCACGGACAGUUCUCCGAUAAAACGUAUGCUGAAAUCCAACGAACAUGCUCGAGAGAGGAGCUGGUGAAUGGAGUCAAGAGCCAGGAUUGUAGAGCGGCCCUCUCCAAGAUGGAUGCAGAAAGAGGCUAUUCCUUUGAAUACAACCUCUAUGACGAGUGCUAUGGAACUGACCUGUACGGGCAGCUACCAUGGAGAAGCUCAUCGUGGGCGGAGAUUCACCAACGAACAUCUUGGCACAUGGAUGGCACACCUUGUGGAGGGAUCAGGGCAUUGCGUAAGUGGGUCAACACAAGUGCUGUCAAGCAGGCUCUGCAUGUCGCAAAGGAUGCAUUCUUCUUCUCUGGCGACAAUGGUGUUGGUUUCACCUACAACUUGACAGAGCCCACUCUCAUCCCGUGGUAUCGUGAGAUGGUGCAGAACCAGAAGUUGCGUGUCCUAAUUUACAACGGAGAUGCAGACCCGGGCCUGAACAGUUUCUAUGCUCAAAAUUGGACCACGGCAGUUGGAAUACCUGAAGUCCAAUCUUGGCGCCCAUGGACCCGAGAUGGUAAAAUGAAAAUGGGUGGUUAUGCUACACGUUACGAACAUGAUUUCGACUUCUUGACCAUUCGUGGUGCAGGGCAUAUGGUGCCAGAAUUUAAGCCUGAAGCAGCAUUCGUGAUGAUGAGCUCCUUUUUAUCUGGUCAAGACUAUCCUCCAUACAAUCCGCCAAAAGAUAAAGUGAGGAGGCAACGCACAGGCUCGCUGAAGAUUCCAUGGGUAGUAUGA